AUGACACCGCCCCCAGACGACGGGGGGCAGCAGCCCGAUGACGUCCAAUCCCUGCUCCGAAUCGGCCGCGAAGCGCUGCAGCCUUUCCAGGUCCAGCACGGAGACGAGGAGUUCCUGGUACAGACAUUCUGCCAUGGGGCAGAGUCGGCAGCCGUCGGCGAGGACGUCGGACGGCUCGUCGACGAGAGUCUGCUCGCCGGCGCCGAGGCCUGGCAUGCCGUCGUCGACUGCGCCAGGUCACUCCGACAGCAACACGCGGUCGACCCGAGCAGCCUCGACGGCGGAGAUAUACUCGAGUUCGUGUGGUACCUGCACAGCUGCCACCUGGAGCCCGAGCAUGAUAACCCGUGGCACGAGACGGAUCGUCUGCUACUCUUGGCCGGGGAGCAGCAGCGCCAGGCUCCUUCUCCUUCUUUUUCUCGCCCGCGACCGACGCACCCGUCACCGUUCGGGGGUGGUGCCGCUACCGGUCUCCCCCGACAGCUUCGGCCUACUGCCACGGGACCGCGCACACGGCCAGAGAGGAAGGCGCGUCACGUCACGUCCCAUUACUGGGACCCAGAGCUGGCAGACGACGACAGACCGACGUCGCCGACCAGGAGGUCGCCACUCCUCGAUCGGCCAUCUACGCAGUCGAUAGGACGGCAGCUGUCACAGCCCGCUUUGCGGCAUGAAGGCGCCCUGCACGCGGCGAACAAUACGGUCCUGUCCCCGGCUGAGGUUGGCCAGCAGGAUGGGACGAUACAAGAGUCGGAGCCGGCCAAGGCAGUCGCCCAGACCACCAGGAGAUCAGUGCUCUCGCCGUACUUUGCUCCGUCCCCGCCCCGGGGGCAGCAACCAGAGUCUGCUCCGAAACGCCGACCGCCGCGGGGGACCGUAUCGUGCAUUCCGUUCCCGCCGCUCGACUCGCCGUCGUUCGGUCUCGUGCAGGAGAAGAUGGCCCACGAGCCCUUCUGGCUCCUCGCGGCCGUCACCUUUCUCAUCCGCACCAAGGGCACGGCCGCCCUGCCCGUCUUCUACGGAAUCAAGGAGCGGUUCCCCACACCCGGGCAUAUAGCCGAUCCGGCCAACGCCCAGGCCAUAUUGCAUACGAUCCGCCACCUGGGCCUCGGUGCUAACCGCCUGGGGAUCCUCCAGAAGUACGCGAGGGCCUUUGUCGACAACCCUCCACGUGCCGGAAGGGUGUAUCGCGUGAGGAACUACUGCAGACGAGAUAUACUGCCGACGGGACCGGAGGCUGCCCGGCGGGAUACGGGCGAUGGCACUACAGGAGGGAGAUCCGAAGACCUGGGAGGUCGCAUGCCGACCCCGGGAGAAGAAGACGGCGACGGCGAUGGCAGCCGAGAUGGCCAUGCCGAACCAGAGGCCUGGGAGAUUGGACACGUGACCCAGGGGAAAUACGCCAUCGACAGCUGGCGGAUAUUCUGCCGAGACGAGCUGCUGGGCCGCGCAACCGACUGGAAUGGCGGAGGAAGCGAGGCCAAAUUCCAGCCCGAGUGGAUGCGCGUGAUGCCGAACGACAAGGAGCUGCGGGCGUACCUGCGUUGGAUGUGGAUGCGCGAGGGAUGGGAAUGGGAUCCUGAGACGGGCGACCGCGUCGUCCUACGCCCCGACCUCGCCAGGGCCGUCAACGAGACGAGGGUAGAGUAUGACGACAACGGGGGGCUGACCGUUGUCGAGCGACCGAGAGAGCUGUAG